UAUUAAAAUUUACAAGAGCUCUGAGCUCGAAUUCCCCUUCCCCUUCUUAUUAUUUACACACAAUAUACAUUUCUCCUCACGCGUGGUCGCAUUCGCAUGUUUGAAAAUAUUAUUCCAACUGUCAUAUCCAUUGAAUGAACUCGUGAAACAAAUUCUCAGUAAAAAAAAUUUACUCACGUUUAUUAAACCAACAAAGUGUCACAUUACUUCAUAAAUUAUAAUAAAUACACCGGUGAUUGAUAAAACACUAAUUAUUUUGUUUGUAGUAACUUAACAUAGCAACCAAAAACUCCAAAGUAAAAAGUAAGGUUAGCUCAAACUUUCGCGCGGUAAUUAUUUAGAAAAAUAAAAAAAAAAACAAUGUCGGGCACGGAAGACGACCCGGUAGUGCUGAAAAAUUUUAUAGGACACAAGAAAGACAUAACAAGUGUAAAGUUUCACCCCGAGGAACUGAAGGUCGCGACGAGUAGCUUGGACAAGUCUUUCAUUGUCUACAACUUCAACAACAACUCCCGGUGCAAUCGCUACGUCGGGCAUUCUGAGGCUAUAAAUGACGUAGACUACGCGCCCUCUGGUGAACUGGUGGCAACUGCUUCUCAGGACAGGACUGUUAGGGUCUGGGUUCCCAAAGUUCGUGGAGAAUCCUUGGGUUUCAGAGCUCAUACCAGCGCGGUACGCUCGGUUCAAUUUUCUUCUGAUGGAAAAGAGCUGAUAACAUCAUCCAAUGAUAAGGUGAUCAAAUUAUGGAAAAUCCACCAGCGCAGAUUCCUAACUUCAUACGUAGGUCACACACACUGGGUCCACUGUGUCAGAUUUUCACCAGACAGUCGUUUGAUUGUCUCUUGUAGUGAAGACAAAAGUAUUAAAUUAUGGGAUGUAGCUGCUGGUCAAUGUAUCAGAACAAUCACCGAGCUGAAAGGACCAGCAACAUACGUUGACUUUCAUCCUUCUGGAGGAGCCAUUGGUACGGCUAACACCGAUGGGUCUGUUAAAAUAUACGAGCUUCGCACUGGCUCGCUGCAUCAGUAUUACCAGGCACAUACUGAUGUUGUAAAUAAAAUUUCUUACCACCCUAAUGGUAAUUUCAUGAUAACUGCUUCCGAAGAUUCAACAAUGAAGAUCUUGGAUAUAUUGGAAGGAAGACCUAUUUACACUCUCAAAGGACACACAGGUGGUGUUUCUUCAGUAUCAUUUUCUCCUGAUGGCAGGUACUUUGCCUCCGGAGGUCGAGAUAAGGAGCUGCUUAUCUGGGAGUCCAAUUUGGAACAGCAUGACACUCGAAGAUCUCAAAUCAAAAGAAGCUCCGUUGAAACAGAGGAGAUUGAAAAGGAAUUGAAGUCUCUGCAGUUUGGAGAUGAGACUGAAGGCUCUGAUGAGUUGUUGAAGAACAAAGACAGAGAGAGUAAGCAUGAAUUGUUGGUGAGUUAAUUUUAUCGAGAAACCUGUCGAGGAUCUGGAUCGUCGAAAAUACCAUGGGAUUAAUUAAGGCAUAGUACUUUAAUCAUCCAAAAAUCAAAGCUUUAUAUUUAAAAUUAUUUAUUUAAACUCUUCAAUUAUUUUUUUUACCAAUUUGAUAAUUUUAUACCUGCUCAACUUAUCAAUAAAAAAUAUCUUAUUUAAAUA